GAGAGAGACAUAGAAAGAGAAAGGGAAGGAAGAGCGACUCUGCUGGAAAGUAGAAACCCUCUCAGGAGGAGGUGUGACUCAGCCGUGGAAGGACUAGCAACUCCUUCACGAGUGGAUGGAAACUGCUGGAGUUGUGGAUCAAUCAACCAAGUUCAUUGAUUACAGCAGCAUUCAAAUAAUUAGAAGUCUGAUCCACUGAUUUCAAGAUCAUUGGACCGGUUGGACGAUCGAAAGCCUUUGUGACUGAUUUGAAGCCAGAUCAACUGCUUUCAGGUCUGACUGGAAGCCUGAUCGAGUGAUUUCAAGUCUGAUCAACCUGAUCGAAAACCUGAGAAAGGUCUCGCUCAUUUGAUGCCUUAAUUGACUGAUUUCACACUUGAUUGAUUUAGUCUGAUUGAGUGCUUGGAAUCCUAACUGUCCUAUUGGAAGUCAGUUUUGACAUCUGGUUAGAAGCGAUUGAUUGACUAAUUGGAAGCUGUGUUUGAGUGGAGUUCUGCUGGCCCCAGGAUGAGUGCAGCAGGGGAGGUGGUGUGCGAGGGCUGGCUCAGAAAGUCACCACCAGAGAAGAAGCUCCGCCGCUAUGCUUGGAAGCGCCGUUGGUUCGUGCUGCGAAGCGGUCGGCUGAGUGGGGAGCCCGACGUCCUGCAGUACUUCAAGAACCAGCAGUCCCGCCGGCCCAUCAGGGCCAUCAACCUGAACCUGUGUGAACAGGUGGAUGCCGGCCUGACGUUCACGAAGAAGGAGCUGGAGAGGAGCUUUGUCUUCGACCUGAGGACGGAGGAGAGGACCUGGUACCUGGUGGCCGAGUCUGAGGAGGACAUGAACCGCUGGGUGUCCUCCAUCUGCCUGCUCUGUGGCUUCAACCCCACUGAUGAUGUCCUGGCGAAACUUCCUGUGUCUGGCUCGUCCUCCAUGACAGCAAUGACCCCGACCAGUGUCCACGCCUCAGUCACCAUGGUAACAGGGUCAGUCCCACCCCCCUAUGACCCGGUGAGUGUGCGAAACCUGGAGCACGAUGGAAAUGCAGAAGAAGACUACCUGUGGUUAUCACACUGCCAGAGUCACAUCAGGGCUCCUUUAGGUUCCUCCACCUCUCUUGAAACCGACUACAACGACAGCCUCUACCCUCCUCCCUCCAACAACUCCUCCUCCUCUUCUUCCUCCUCCUCUCCUUCCCUCCUUCCUAAUGGCCUCCCACUUCCAUCCUCCUCCUCCUCCUCUUCCUCGGGCUUCAGGGCAGCCCCUUGGACCGUCGCCUCCAUGACGGGCCCUUUCAGCCAGUCUCUGGAUGCCAGCAUGACAUCUGACCUGCAGAGACGAGCCAAUAAAACUCGUUGUCACCCGUCUCCCCAUCCUAGGAAGCACUCCCUGGACAUCCACCUUCGACCCGUUGUGAUACCUCUCAGCGAUGACACACACUCUGCAGUGCAUCCGAAUACAAACUCAAACACCACCAGUGGUUACCAGAUCCCUCGUCCGGCAUCUGCCCUGCAAUCACGACUCCAUCACCGCCGAUGUUCUACCCCAAGUGUCGACUCCAUAACCCAGGCGGAGCUCCAUGCCUCCACCCCGACUGCUCCUCCACGCCCGCCCAAGCCUCACACCAUACCAUCCCAGGGAGAGGGCUUAGGUGUGGGCACCAGGUCAGCCACGCUCCCCCGAUCCACCUCGGAGCCAGAGAGGAGGGAUGGAUAUCUGGAGGGAGGGCUGCCGAGGAGCAACACUAUCACUACGUCAGGACACGCACACACAGGUUGUGACUCUUUUUACAUCCCUCGGUCUCUGUCCGACCGAGCAAGCAUGUUUGAGUUCAGCGAGAGCUUCAACAGCUACUUUUUUAAUAAAGGCAUGGUACCUCUGGGGAGUGUUUGCUCUGAGGAUGAUGAUGUGGAUGAAAACUAUGUUCCCAUGAGCGCCGCCACCACUGAGCCUCCUGUCGCACCAAGGGUGCAUCCACUUCCUCCCUCUGACUCCUCUGUCCAGCUCCAGGAUGCCAACUAUGUCCCCAUGACCCCCAUCCCCCCUUCCCUUCCCGUCCAUCCCACCCCUGCCACAGACGACCUAGCCUCCCUGGGAAGGCAAGUCCCCCCACCCGCCCACCUGGGUUUUCGUAAUUCCCCGCUGACUCCCGCCACUCCCGGCACCCCGCCGCUCAAGAGAAACACCAUGAACCCUGAGGUGAAGGCCAUGCCCCCUCCCAUCCACCGCAACCUGAAACCACAACGCAGAGGAGUCAGUGGCGGUCAGCCUGCAGAGAGAACGGACGUCCAGACUGCUGGAGAGUCGACGCACAGGACAAGAGUCUCUCCUCUCCCCCUCCAGGGAAACCACUCCACUGGACACACUUCAAUGCAGCAGGAUUGGCAGGAAGUCCCGCCCCCUGUUCGCUCACCUGUCACUCGAACCUUCACACGAGAUCCGUCCACUCAUCGGACCACCAGGCCACCCUCUGCUCACAGCUCGUCCCCCUCCUCCGACUCCGAUGACACUGAUGACAGUUACGUCGCCAUGACGACAGCUUCCAACCUCAGUUUAAGCGCCGGCGAGCCAUCUCUGAGGCUCAUGCUGCACCGGGCCUCAGAGGGCGGAGUCAGCAGCCCGUUGCUACGGCGAGCCAGAGGCGACAAACAGGUGGAGUACCUGGACCUGGACCUCCACACUGGGCGAUCCACUCCAACAAGACAGAAACGCAGCACGGCAGAAGGUGGAGGCGGUGGCGUCGGGGGUGGUGGCAGCGAGCAGACAGCAGCGGGCGAGGAGUGUGCACGGGGCGCGCGUACACGUGUGGACUACGUGGUGGUGGACCCCAAAAGAACCAAGGCCCUGAGGAGCACCAGAGAAGCAUGGCAUGAUGGGAGGAUGUCCACGGAGAAGGAGAAAUGCUAGAGAUGCACA